AUGGCGGAGAUACCGACCGGUGACUACAGCCACAUCCACCGGUCGAUCGAUCAGCUGCGCUCGAUGAACGAACGGGGCGUGCUGGGACAGCUGAACGCACUGCAGCAUGCGGCGGCCGCCGUUGGCAACGGGACCGACCUUCGAUCGGCACUCGUACACGACUACAAACCGUACAUCAGCGAUCUGCGCGCCAAUGCCACCAAUGAUCGGCUGAUCGACUAUGCCGUCGUCCAGAAGCAUCACCACCAUCAUCAGCAGCAGCAGCAACAGCAGCAACAGCAGCAGCAACAGCAACAUCAGCAACACCAGCAGCAGCAGCUUCCUCACCAACAGCAGCAACAACCGCAGCAGCAGCAUCAUCAGCACGGUCCGCCACAUCUGCUGGACGAUCGGACAGGGAACAAUAAUAAUAACAACAACAACCAUGAAACAGAUCUGCGCAUGGUGGAGGAUCACAAACCUCCACACUACAGUGCCCCGUCCACACCUCCCACGCCCCUAGCGAUCGUUGAGACGCAGAUGGCAGAACCGGUGAAGAGAUAUGGAAAAGGUCGCAAAAAGAUCUUCUCCGCCAAGGCCAACCUGGAGCUGCACGGUGGGUCGCUCCAGAUGCGCGAAACCAAACCGUACAAAUGCACCCAGUGCACGAAGUCGUUCGCCAACUCGAGCUACCUGUCGCAGCACACGCGGAUACACCUCGGCAUCAAGCCGUACCGGUGCGAGAUCUGCCAGCGCAAGUUCACGCAGCUGUCGCACCUGCAGCAGCACAUCCGGACGCACACCGGGGACAAACCGUACAAAUGCCGACAUCCCGGCUGCCCGAAAGCGUUCUCCCAGCUCUCCAACCUGCAGUCCCACUCGCGGUGCCAUCAGACGGACAAACCGUUCAAGUGUAACUCGUGCUACAAAUGCUUCACCGAUGAGGCCUCGCUGCUGGAGCACAUCCCGAAGCACAAGGACUCGAAGCACCUGAAGACGCACAUCUGCCAGCUGUGCGGUAAAUCGUACACGCAGGAAACAUACCUGGCCAAGCACAUGCAGAAGCACGCGGAAAAGGAGGAGAAGCGUCGCAACCGGGCGGCGGGCGGUGGCGGUGGCGGUGGAGCCGGCGGAGGAGGUGGUGGUGCUGGGGCGGGUGCGGGCGGUGCUAACUCGGCGGCCGGAUCGGGUGCGGGCGGAAACAAUAACAACAACAACAGCAGCAGUAACGCUAACAGUAACGCUAAUAACAGUGGCGCCGGAAGUCCAAACGGUGCCGGUACGGCGGGUGCGAAUGCGGCCGCAGUGGCGGCGGUGGCGGAUGCAGCCGCCGUUGGACUGGCGGGCCUGGCCGGGUUGGGCCUGAACCGGAUGGGUGGUAUGGUGGUGGGUAACGCGGCGGCAGCAGCGGCAGCGGUCGGGCUGGAACACCCGUACUGGCCGAAGGUUAGUCCGGAUUCGGCCGCCAGCUUAGCGGAGGCGAUGCAGCAACAGCAGCAGCAGCAGCAACAACAGUACGAUUUCAGCAGUAGUGGAGGUGCGAACGGUGGCGGUAAUGCCGGUGGCAACAAUGGUGGCGCGGGCAGUGCAGGUGGUGCGAACAAUGGUGCCGCGAACGAUCCGCAGCAUCAUCGUAACUUGAACGGGAGCAGCAGUUCCGCCAACUCGGCGGACGACGUCGGCGAAGACCUGGUGGUCAUCCGGCACAACUCCCAGGUGCAACAGCAGCAGCAGCAGCAGCACGUUAACAACCAAUCGAACUCCUCAUCCGCCUCGAACUCGUCCGCCUUCACGCCCAUCAAUGUGAUGCCGCCGCAUCUGAACAGUCUGGCGGCGGCCCACCAGCACCACCAGCAGCAGCUGGCUGCCGCCCAACAGCGGGCACCACCCUCGUACCUGUACGAUGCGAUUAGCUUCCAGAAUCAGAAAGCGAUCAACCAGAAUGCGGCAGCAGUAGCCGCGGCCGCCGCGAACGGAUUCCCGAACCAGCUGAUCUCCCUGCAUCAGAUCCGGAACUACGCGCACCAACCGGGCGGUGGUGGAGGUGGCGGAGGCGGUGGCCUUCUGUCCGGCGAACAUUUGCUAAUGGGUGGCGUUGGCAAGGUGGAAAAAUAG